UUUCGAGGGGCUUGAUGGCGGCCCAGUAAGUGAAACUGGUGGAGUUCCGAGAGCAAGUUGAUUGUGCAGUUUGCUCGCUCGCUAAGGCAUCCACCGUGGAGUCAGAGGCGCGGACUGAGGUCGCUUCCGCGCCUCAGAAGGUUACUCGUUGGAGACAGUGACGGGCGGACGUCAUGUCACCGCCAUUAGUGCUUGGCCUUUUGCUCGUUGUGGCUGCGGUCAUCCUUCUUCACGCUGGUGCAGUGGAAGGUCGCGGUGGAGUGAAAGGUGGCAUCAAAGGUGGCCCGGGAGAGGAUGACGGAUGCACACCCGUCACCGACCCCACUGGCGGUACAGUCCCUGACCAGCCCUUCCCAGACGAGAAUGUCCCCGACGAAAACAGCCCUGACGAAAACAGCCCUGACGAAAGCAGCCCCGACGAAAGCAGCCCCGAUGAAGGCAGUCCCGACGAAAACAGCCCCGACGAAAACAGCCCCGAAGAGGAGAACCCCGACACCGAAAGCGCUGACCGGGAGCCCCCAGCGAGACAACCAACCGAUGGCAGUGACGAAUCAUCUAUGCCCGAUGAUAUCAAGGGUGGCAAAUUCAAAGGCCCCAAAGGCCCCAAGGGCUCCAAAGGUCCCAAGGGGUCCAAAGGCUCCAAGGGAUCUAAAGGCUCCAAGGGGUCUAAAGGCCCCAAGGAGUCUAAAGGUCCCAAAGGGUCUAAAGGUCCCAAGGAUUCAAAAGGACACAAAGACUCCAACAACAACAAAGGCGUCAAAGACUCCAAAGGCGAAGGGCAAAUACGUUUUCCAGACUUUGACGAUGGCGGGGGCUCAGGAGGCGCGGCUGGCGCGGGCGUACCCGUGCAGAUGGGGGACAACAGCGACGGGAACAGGAAGGACGAGGACGACGACAGGGCCCGCGUCCGCGCCCGUAGCAACCAGCCGGCUCCCGUGGUGUGCUUCAUCCGCGCCAACGGCUUCGAGAGGCGAGGUGUGCGCAGGUACUCCCUCAGGAGCCUGCCGAUACACAAGUGCACGCACUUCAUCUACUCAUACGUGGAGACGGACAACAAGAGCGGGGAGAUCCUCUACCGCAAGAGGGGACACCUGGGAGAGAAAACUAUCCUGCGAGAGCUCGGACGAAUCAGACACGACACAAGUGCUAAAGAUAUAAGGACCCUCGUCAGCUACGGUGCCGGUGCGCACGUGCAAAGCCUGUUGAACCGUAUUCGUGACGACAAAGGGGCCGAUGAACUGGUGCGCCGGAUAAAGUCCAUGCUGGAGACCUUCGGCCUGGAUGGCAUCAACUUCCACCUGGAAGGGCCUGGUCCUCUCGUCUGCAAACAAGAAGACAUCAUGACCAUACUCAAGUUCAUCAAGAAUCUCCGGCUCUAG